UAUUUGAAGUUGCAUUCUUUGUCGUGCUCUCUUUUUUUGUGUUUAACAGCCGGUGAAGUUUUUUGUGUCUUCUCCGAAAUCAGUUUUUGUUCGGGAUUUGAAGAAGGUGGUUCAAAACAAAAAGUAGACAUGAGUGACUUCAAGCUUUUAAAAACAACAUUCCAAAACAAUAAUGAAUUUGUUGCAGUGUUAUUUGAUGGAAUUAAUGAUUAUAAAUUGUUUGCAAAUGAAGUUAAGAAAACUUAUAAUAUACCACCGGCAGCUGAAGUGGAAAUUUAUAAUAAGAAUUUUCUAAUAAUUCCAAGUAUAUUCACCGCUUUGGUUCAACAAUACAUAUCUUCAACCGAUUUUGUUUUGGACAUAAAAUUAAGUGAUGAUAAUUCAGCAUCAAAUUCGACCGCAGACAUCGAAUCGCAAUUAUCACAAAAACCCGUUUUUCAAAAUACAUCGUCCGAAAUUUACCAAACGCUUAAUGAUGACGAUUUAUGCUUAAGUCAUAAUAGUUCAGUUGACAGACAUGUUUAUCCUAGUAUUCCUACAACAGAGGAAAUUAAACAAUUGGCUGAAAUACGGCAUUUAAUGAAAUAUAAUACCCUGGAAAACAAAGACAGAACAAAUAUUGCAAAAAUUAUUAUAUCACAUAUCUUGAGAGAAAACCCAAAUAGACGUAUUUACAAAGAGGUUUUUUUUAAACUUUCACAAUCUAUUAUAGAAGUGUUCCCAUCAGAAGUAAUUGAAACUUACUACGUACCUUUCACUAAAGGACACUUGGCAAAAGGAAAAUUAUUUGACUCCUAUAAUAAUAAAAGAACUAAAUUAAGCACACAAGGACUUAUAAAUAGGCGUACAAAUUUAAAAAAAUGUAAUUAUACCCAAUUUUACAUAUACAGGUUCUUCAAUACUUAUUUUUGAACCAAGAAAAUGAACAGUAAACGUUAUUAUUCUUGUUUACGUAGGUAAAUUUUAAAUUUAUUUUAAACGUUGCAAGUAGAUCAACUAAUUUUUGAAAUCCACGUUUUUAUUAAAAUUAUCUGAAUUUUGUUAUAAAUUUAUCCAAAUAUUGUUCGUUUUCUUUAUUCGAAAACAAUUACUUGACAAACUGUAUAUUUCAAUAUAAUCUAAUAUCGCAUGGGUUCGAUGCUCACUACCAUGCUUUCAGAAUGGAAUAUGAAAAUGAAUUCCUUUCGGUUAAUGUAUUGUCAUUGGAAUCAAGUUACACGGCAUAUAUUUGCACAUCCAAAGAAGACUCUUAUUUUUUAAACUAAUUAUAAUUUGUUCAGUAUUAUUUGUAAUUUUUAA